GGAUAUAGCUUCCAAUUGCUCCGGCCGUUGGUUUCUUCUUCUGGAGAUCGAUGCUUCAGACGCAGACCAAAAAGGAUGACGAUAUGUUGGAGCAAGGCUACUGACAAGACACCACCCACACUUGGAAACUGUCAUCCACCCAGAUUUGCGCGACAAGAUGGUAUAUAGACAUCCUUCAACCAGCCAGUUUGACCAGAUCCAACGGUGCGAAUAAACCACUUCGACGCAUCGCAUAUCUCGAGGGGGAUUUGCCGCUGUCCUGGUGUACUGGAUGCAUCAUCAACUGUGGGCGCACGGGGCGAUCUCACAAGACCGGACCUUUGAGAACGCCUAUGGUUACGAGAACCAGCACUACUUUGUCUGUCUGCCAGGAUUGCGGAAUUUCUUCUUGGGCGGCCACUUCGCCGUGAGCGUGUUGUUCGUUCUGUCCGGAUACGUGCUGUCCACAAAGCCGCUGGCACUGACCCAGGCAGGGGAAUCCAGCAAGCUAGACGAGAACCUAGUAUCUGUCUUAUUCCGACGAUGGCUUUCGACUAUACGUGGAAAUUGUAGCUGAACCACGGAUCGUCUGCUGUCCGAAAGACAAAGCUGAAGUUCUUGAACUUGGCAUACCAACUCCAGA